AUGAGGACGUCAGGCUCUGCAGCCCUGAGCUAUGGUGGCACUCAUUUGACCAAGGAAUCAUCGGGAGGCGGAGAGAAAAGAAGGCUUGGAAAUAUUCAUAAUGGUACUCCCGCUGGCCUCUCUGCUUUCACUGCCAAUCACCAAACCCUAGACCACCACCACCACCCUCUUCAGCCUCACCAUGCUCAAGUGGUUCAACCAGUCCCACUACCCACAAGAGAUCCAGAUCCAGAUCGAGUCAUCGCCUCCAACGCACUUGUACCCAGUAGUGCUGUGGCCAGGUCCAAGACACCAACGUUAGCAACAGCCAGCAACGUUCGCUACCGAGAAUGUCUGAAAAACCACGCGGCCAACAUCGGCGGCAAUGUCUUCGACGGCUGCGGAGAGUUCAUGCCUUGCGGCGAGGAAGGAACACUUGAAGCUUUGAAAUGCGCGGCUUGUGAUUGUCACAGGAACUUCCACCGUAAGGAGGUUGACGGCGAGACGAUGACGCCGUUCGGUCACGGGUCUAGAUCACGAAGCAUAAUGCUCAGCCCUAUCCAGCUCCCUCCGCCGCUGCCGUCACCUCACCACCGUCACCAGAAGUUCUCUAUCGUUCAACCCAUGAGCGUGGCUUUCGGAGGCAGCGGAGGAGGAGGAGGAGGAGAGUCUUCGAGUGAGGAUCUGAACGUUUUCGACAAUGCGGAUGGAAUAGGAGGUGGGGUGGCGCCGCCGUAUAGCUUGUCGAAGAAGAGGUUCAGGACGAAGUUCACGGCGGAGCAGAAGGUGAGGAUGGUGGAGUUUGCGGAGAAAGUGGGGUGGAGGAUUCAGAAGCAGGAUGAGGAGGAUGUGGAGAGGUUCUGUGAUGAGGUGGGAGUCAAGAGGCAGGUGCUGAGGGUUUGGAUGCACAAUAACAAGAACACAGUGAAGAAGAUGCAGCAUGACCAUGACCAUGACAUCACCACCACCACAAGUCAGCUGGCAUUGGAGAAUAAUGUUGAAGCUCAUGAACAACAGCCAGGAGGUCAAGGAGGAACAACAGACACAUGAUCAAGACGCUUGGAGCUUGAACUUGGUGAUGAGUGUAAGUUAGCUCAGAUUGGUAUGUAUAAAUUGGACCGAUGGAGAUGCGUUAUUGCUAGCUAGCUAGAUUGAUCAGAUGCAUGAUUCUUCUUCUUCUUCUUCAUCAUUGGAA